UACAUCUUCACUACUUUUUUUUUCUUUUUUUUCCAUUCGCCGAUAUUACUCCCAUCCAACUGUCCAAGAUAAAAGAAAAAGGAUUUAAAAAAGAAGAAGGUUGAACUAAAAUUUGUCAUAUAGAUAAAAUCUGGUGUUUGUUUAAUUCCUGAAAACCCUAUCCUCUCUACGAUUCUUUUCUUAUCACAAAAAAAUGGAUUCCCUUCUUCUUACAUCUUCCCCUGAUAUUGGAAAUUUGCUCAGCUCUUCCUCUCCUUUCUCUAAAUGUUAUCCUUCCAUUUCUUCAGCCAAUGGGCACUCUUCUUUCUUCCUAUAUUUUCUCCACAAGAAACCCUCCUCACAUAAACUCAGGACCUCAGUUGUUUCUUCAGCAUCAAACAACAACAAGAAAAAGAAGAAAUCUGAUUCCCAUAGUUUUGUUCCUAAACCCGAUGAAGCCACUGGUCCUUUUCCUGAAGCUGUUCUCCUUAGAGAGAGGAAGGUCCAAGAAGACGGUAGACUUCUACCUGAGUUUGCAGAUGCUGAAGAGAAGGAACUUUUUGAGGCUCUAAAUCUGCAGCUGGAGAGUGAUCUGAACGUGGAACAGAUGAGACACUAUGAAGUGGUAUAUUUGAUUCAUGAGGAUCGUGCAGACGAGGUCGAGAGUGUGAACACGAAAGUUCAAGAAUAUUUGAAAGAGAAGAAAGGGAAGCUGUGGAGAUUCAGUGACUGGGGUAUGCGUAGACUGGCAUACAAGAUUCAGAAAGCAUCACGAGCUCAUUACAUUUUGAUGAAUUUUGAGUUGGAAGCCAAAUGGAUUAACGACUUCAAGAGCAUGCUUGACAAAGAUGAGAGAGUCAUACGACAUCUAGUGAUGAAGCAGGACAAGGCAGAAACAGAGGAUUGUCCUCCUCCUCCUGAGUUCCAUACCUUGCGUGCUGGUACGGAUGAUGAAAAUGAAGAGGACAUGGAUGAUUUUGAUGACUAUGAGGAAGACGAUUUGGAGGGUGAGGAUGACAUUGAUGAUGAUACUGACGGUGUUAUUCUCGUGGAUGUUGACGAUAAUGUAGAUGGUAGGGACAGUAGAAACAGUCAGCAAAUUAAUACACACAAGAUAGGACAAAGGAAAGUGAGUGUGUGAAAAUUAGUUAGUACUUACUUUGCUCACUAUCUUGGAAUUUUGAUUACUUAUAAUUUUAUCAUUAGAUUAUAGUUUCCUGAA